CGGAAGUAGUAAUUCUCCAAAUUCAGCGCGCACCUCAUGUGGUAAAACAUUGCCGGUAGCAAACGAAUAGAGAACAACGCACGGCGAGUUAAAAUGUGUAGUCCAAAAGUCACAAUGCUGAGGGAGUUAAUGAAGCAGCAACUAAACGUUGCUGUGGAGGGAAUCUUACAACUUUUUGAGACAACCAUAUUGCAGUAUGAGGAGGAACUUCAACGAACGAAAGAGGAGAAAGCGCGACAAGACGAACUGCUCCACGCCGUCGUAAAGGGUAAUGGUGUCUUUCCGCGAGACUCGCAGGAGGUGUUGCCGGAGAGUCCAGAAGCCGGUCGAUCUGAGCCGCAGCAGUACCACAAGGAUGAGUGCCUCCAGACCCAAAGCCUGAUAAAAACGGAAGAAAAGAACAUUCAGAGCUGUCAGGAUGGGGAUCAGCUUACAAAGCACAAGAUGAAGGAGGCUGGCAUUAACACAUUGCCUUUGACUGAUUUCAAGUGUGAUCAGGACCAAGGUGAAGCCUCACAGUUUCACUACAGUCAAACUGUGGAGACGCGAAGUCACGGUAAAGCUAAUGGCCAAAGUGUGGAGAAGCUAAGUCAGGGUGAAGCUAAUGGCAAGCGUUGCAAAAAAUCUAACAAGGAACACAAGGUGUCUUCCAAACCCGAUGGCGCCAAAGUGACUCUGGCAAACUCCAAAGGCGCCGUGCCACAUCCGACAAACAGCAAAUCCUUCUCUCUGCGCCGCACAACGAGAAGGAUAAACCAGCCACAACACUCAAGGCCGCACACUAGUCCCACAGGCUCACAGCAGUUCAGCUGUCCCAUUUGCAAAAAAAACUUCUCCAGGAAGUAUGACCUGAACGAACAUGCUAAGAUCCACACGGGUGUCAAGCCUCAUGUAUGCACCGUGUGCGGUUUUGCCUUUCUCCGCAGGUACCACCUGAAGCGGCACAUGGGCACGCACAAAAGCCACAAGAGUGUCCCCAGUCAAAAUGAUUCAAACUCUUGUUUGGUUUGCGCCAAAGGGUUUUUGGUAAAAGGCAAUCUGGAGAGACACAUGAAAACGCACACAGGUGACAAGCCCUUCAGCUGCGAUGCGUGUGGCAAACGCUUCCCUCGUAACGACAUCCUCAAGUCUCACAUUGUGCAUUGUAAACGAGAUAAAUAACUAGUGGUUUUUUUAAAAAAAAAUUUAUUAUUUUGACUAUAUGCCAUAUUCUUCCAUUGUAUGGACUCAGCUAGCUUAAUUUUUCCGCAUUGUCUGAGCAAUAUGACUUCCCUAGAUCAAAAGUUUACUAAAGUUGUUUCCCCCCCCCCCCACUUUUUUUAUUAGGAGGUCAGCUCAGAAAUGUUUGAUGUUCAUUACGUUGUUUGGGAUGUUUGACAAAUUGGAUACAUUUGUGGAAGGUUGAGAUUUGUUUUGUUCCCCCCACUUUGUUUAUUGAGAGUCAGCCUAGACAUGUUUGAUAUUCGUUACUUUGUGUUUGACAAAAUGGAUAGCUGAGAGGCAUGAUGUUCAUCACAAAUGGGAUUGUUAUUCUUUGGUUUGAAUUACAACUCUUAAUUUCUGCUUUCAGUGGGGUUGGGAUUGUAUUCUGACAUUUUGUGGCCUUUCCUCAAAUACAUUUGUAUUCGUUACUGCUGACGUAUUGCACAUGUAACGCAGGUGGUCUGUUGAUAAAUGACACAGGAAGAAA